AUGUUCAAUCCUCAUGAGUAUGAUGGUGCACCAAUAGAGGAGCCAGCCACAUUCAAGACAUUCUUCAUGUUCGUGCACAAACCAAAGAGAAAGGCAGGAGGUUGUGACGGUGAGUGGAACAACUGCUUAUAUCACUGCUUGCAUGAUGUCUAUCCAGAACAGGUAGCAGAGCACUUUGGCAAGCCAUCACGACUGAAGAAGUAUCUCGAUCUUGGUGUCAAGGAGAUGAUCCCGAUCGAGCUGAUCCCAUCAAUUGAGGACAAGAUCAAUGUUGGUAUCAACGACAAAAGUGAUCAUUGUUACAUCUCCACCAAUGAUGCAGCGAGAGAGGUCAACCUGAUACUAACCAAUGGACAUUACACACUAGACAACGAUGGAUCAUAUGUAGUCAAGGGUGUUGCCAUCAAGACUAAAGACAGACAAAUGCAACCAGUGGCGUUCAAACAAAUCAAAGACAAUCGUGCUCAGAUAUAUGAUGGCAGCGAUUACAGCACGAUGAGCCUGGACGAGUUCAUCAAAGAGAAGAGCACACUCAGAUACAAGUCCAUGUACCAGUUCAAUAGAAUAGUAGCAGGUCAGACAUUGAAACAGACACUCGCCGCAUUCAUCAACGAUGCUGAUGCUCUAAUAGAAGGUACGGAAAGAGUGAUCGACAUGUACUUCACAGGACAGAACAUUAACAAGGCAGUGCGCGCAGAUCACAUCGAGCAGGAUGAGGGCGAGUGGAUAUCCAAGGCAGGACAAGGAGCGUUGAUGUUUGCAAUACAACACACUGGGCCACUCCACAAGUAUGAUGUAUGUAACAUGUAUGCCUCCAUUAUGAGGAGCAAGAGCUUCAUGGUGCCAAUCAAACGAGGCACCUUCCAACAGAUGACUGAACUAACACUCAGCAGCAUGCCUUCCAUCCCAUUUGGCAUAUAUAGAGCGAUCAUCAACGGAACACACAGAGCAUUCAAGACCAACAACAACAACUACUACACUCACUACGACUUGAUGUUUGCCAAGGAGCUCGGACUGACGUUCAACUUGAAGACUGACGACAAGCACAAUGCACUGAUAUAUGACUCAAAGUGUCGGAUCAAUGGAUCAAUCCUGUUUGGCAAGUACAUCGAUCAGGUUCUAGGCUGGAAAGAUGCAAGUGAACCCAAGUCUAGAUUAGAACAGCUUUGCAAGUGUCUCUACCAACGUCUAUGGGGCGCCCUCGCCAAGCGCAACAAGACCAAGCAGUGUGUAAGCAUGGAGUGUGAUGAAGAGGUGACAGAGACCAACGAUGGACAGAGAACAAUCAAGCACUUUGAUAUCAACGUCGACACUAACUAUACUAUCGAUCGCAUCACUCCAACAGCCAAAGGACAGGCAAUGGUCAAGUCAGUCUCCAACACAGAUAUGUUCGACACACCAUUCGCGCGCAUCAUGCCAUUCAUCAUAUCACAUGGACGCAAGAUGAUUGGCACCAUCAUCAAGGACAACAUCGAUCAUAUCAAACGUGUGCACACCGAUGGCUUCUGUACAACAAAGGAGUGGAAGCCAGCCGCACUCAAAGCUUCAUUGGACUACCCCAAGUUGGGCACAGAGUGUGGCGACUUGCGAUAUGAGGGCUUCUGUGCCAGCAGUCGUGAACAACAUGUCCAAGGUAGUUGGCGAGUUUAA